AUGCAAGAAGAUAUAAUAGAUUUCUUCCGGAACCCGGCGUUGUUCAUCUACAUAACGUUGAUGAUGACCGUCUGUGUGGUCCAUGGGUCUCAACAAGUUGGGGAUGUUGUGGAAACUGAAUUCCAUGUAUACCGUCUGCACCAAUAUGAAAUCAGUGGAAACAUGUACGGAAGUAGAAAUCAUCGAGUUUCGUAUGAGGCUGUGUCUCUGAGUGCCCGCGCACUUCGAAGAACUAUGGUAACAACUUGGCGGGAAUUGUUGACUCAUGAUGUUGAUGAUAUGUGGAGUAUUGCUACUGGAGCCGUUUUAAUCUUCAUUCCUGACAAUAUUGACGAGCUGAAUGAUAUUGACAGAAAAGCUUUUCUCGAUCUGGAAGUCAAACUUUUGAACGUCAAAACUGAUUUAGCUGUAUACGUCGCUCCACACAACGACGAUGCAGCUUCAAUCCUCCAUGACGUUAGCACUAGAGCUGAGAAAGCUCCCAGCGCUGUCCAACAACUGAUUCAAUCACUCUCCGGAAACACUAUCAGUAUUACUUCAUCGGACCAAAUUCCAGAACUCCCAGACUCUUACAAGCCAUCUAAUGUUGUGGGAAGAUUGAGCAGUGGAGAUAGAGCUUCCCUUUCGAUUGCGUUUGUUGCUCACUACGAUACAUCUUCUGCUGUUCCAGGCAUUUCUACUGGUACUGAUUCGAAUGGAUCAGGAAUCGUUGCUCUGUUAGAAUUGCUCGCAGUACUCUCAAAGUUUUACGACACACCAAGUACCCGUCCUCCGUACAACCUUUUAUUCAUUUGGACUGCUGCUGGAAAGCUCAAUUAUCAAGGAACACGACACUGGAUUGAUGAAUUCCAGAAAGGCAUUGAAGGAGCUGACUUUUUGGAUUCUGGACUUAAUCGAAAAGACGAUCGUAUUGAUCUUGCUAUUUGCAUCGAAUCAAUUGGUCGUAAAACUGACGGACUCUACAUGCACGCCGGUAAAACACCAUCUGAGAACUCCGCUGCUGCUCAACUUUUCAAAAGGCUCAAUAAACUCGCUCCAAACAAGAAAACCGAGUUGGUCACAAAGAAAAUUUCAUUGACAACUGCCAGUGCAUGGGAGCACGAGAAAUUUAACAUCAAAAGAAUGCCAGCCGUCACUCUGUCUACGUUGGCAUCGCCUUCAGAUCCAGCUCGCAACUCUAUUUUGGAUCUUCCAUCAACUCUCGACGAAGAAGAACUUAUGGAUAACAUUCGAUUGAUUGCUGAAAGUGUGCUUGGAUACAUUUUGGGACUUCCAGAAGCUGGUCCAUCGUCUGAUUCACGAAUCAAAUCCGAAGUGAGUAUGCUAUCGAAGGAUGCCAUCGAUAAGCAACGUGUUCAUCACUUCAUCCGGCAGUUCGCAUCAAGACCACGACCAGUUGGAGACAGACAUGCUACAGAAAGUGUCGUUUCUAAUUUGGCUUCGGUGGCAGCUGCAUACGGUCAAGUUUUCAAAUCGGCAGUCACAAUCACGGACGCAAAAACGUUCGGAAUCACUCAAAACCGCCUUGUCGCUGAACGCGUUAAACCUGCAGUGUUCGAACUUGUAAUUGCUGCUGGAGUAUUCGGGUAUCUCUCAGUGUUCUACUAUAUUGCCACACACUCUCAAAAAUCCGUAGAGGGAGCAGUUUCCGCCAUCCGUAGAUCGAUAUUCUAA